GUCGCUGAUGAGACGCUGAUUAUAUUAUUACACAUUCUGGGCCAUGGACACAACCUUUAGCAGUAGUAAUAUUUGUUUAUUUUAAUACAUAGCUAGUAAAGCCAAGGAUAGUUGGGGAAAUAAGUAGUAGCCGGAUUGGUUGCAGAAUCUGGUUGAGGCUUGUUGGCCGGUGAAUGCAUAGAGUGAAGACAAAACAGAAGGUUACUGGAAAAGUUCAUUCGAAGUGAAUAUGACGGCGGUGGAUGGGCUAACAGACAGCACAGAGGUGGUGGAGAUGGAGGAUGUGCCGUCUCAGUUCUAUGUGGAGAAGCACUCGUGGGAUGGCCUGCGUGACAUCAUCCACAGCAGCAGGAAAUACUCAGGAAUGAUCGCCAACAAAGCGCCCCAUGACUUCCAGUUUGUGCAGAAAAACUAUGAGUCAGGCCCCCACUCCCAUCGACUGUACUACCUCGGAAUGCCUUACGGAAGUAGAGAGAACUCACUGCUCUACUCAGAAAUCCCCAAGAAGAUCCGGAAAGAGGCCCUCUUGGUGUUGUCGUGGAAACAGAUGCUGGAUCACUUCCAGGCCACCCCGCACCAGGGGGCCUAUUCCCGGGAAGAGGAGCUGCUUAGGGAGCGUAAGCGUCUGGGAGCGUUUGGGAUCACCUCCUACGACUACCACACCCAGACCGGCCUGUUCCUCUUCCAGGCCAGCAACAGCCUCUUCUAUUGUCAGGACGGGGGCAGCAACGGCUUCAUUCAGUCUGCCCCCAUGAAGCCAGUGGAGAUUAAGACACAGUGCUCAGGGACCCGCAUGGACCCCAAGAUCUCCCCAGGAGAGCCCAACUUCAUUGCAUUUAUCAACAACAACGACCUGUGGCUGGCUAACAUCAAGUCUGGGGAGGAGAGGAGACUCACCUUCUGUCACAAAGGUCUGGAUAAUGUGAAGGAGGACCCCAAGUCUGCGGGCGUGGCCACGUUUGUGAUCCAGGAGGAGUUUGAUCGCUUCACUGGCUACUGGUGGAGUCCAUCUGCCGUAGAGGACUCAGAAGGGGGGAAAACCCUGCGUCUGCUGUAUGAAGAGGUGGAUGAGACGGAGGUAGAGAUCAUUCAUGUUCCCUCUCCAGCCCUGGAGGAGCGGAAGACCGAUGCCUACAGAUACCCCCGCACAGGCAGUAAAAACCCCCAAACCACCCUCAAACUGGCAGAGAUAAAGACUAACAACCAAGGCAAAAUCAUGAGCAUCCAAAACAAGGAGCUGGUUCUCCCCUUCACCUCCCUGUUCCCCGGGGCAGAGUACAUCGCCCGGGCAGGAUGGACGAGUGACGGCAAAUAUGGUUGGGCUGUGCUGCUGGACCGCAGUCAGAGGAGACUCCAGCUGGUCCUGCUUCCCCCGGCCCUCUUCAUCCCCAUCACAGACGACCCGGCCCAGAGGCAGGAGAGCCUGGAGGCCGUGCCCGAGGACGUCCACCCCUACAUCAUCUACGAGGAGACCACCGACAUCUGGAUCAAUGUUCAUGAUAUUUUCUAUCCAUUCGUUCAAACGUCAGAGGAUGACUUCUCUUUCAUAUGGGUGAAUGAAUCCAAAACGGGCUUCAGCCAUCUGUACAAAAUCACAUCAACAUUGCGACCAGGCUGCUACCAAUGGUCAGGAAACUAUACACAUACAGAGGGAGACUUUAAAUGUGCAAUCAAGGAGGAGGUGACUCUGACCAGUGGAGAGUGGGAGGUGUUGGCCAGGCAUGGCUCCAAGAUCUGGGUGAAUGAGGCCUCUAAGCAGGUGUACUUCCAGGGCACUAGAGACACCCCUCUGGAGCACCACCUCUAUGUGGUCAGCUAUGAGUCCCCUGGCGACGUGGUCAGACUCACCAAGCCUGGCUUCUCCCACAGCUGCUCCAUAAGCAAGAACUUUGACAUGUUUGUCAGCCACUACAGUAAUGUAAGCACUCCCCCCUGCGUCCAUGUCUACAAGCUGACCGGCUCAGAGGGAGACCCUCUCCACAUGGUGCCUGAGUUCUGGGCCAGCAUGAUGGAAGCCCCAGGUUGCCCAGGAGACUACAGAUCUCCGGAGAUCUUUGACUUCCCAGGAAAGUCGGGCUUCCAGCUCUAUGGAAUGGUGUACAAGCCUCACAACCUCCAGCCUGGCAAGAAGCAUCCCACAGUCCUCUUUGUCUACGGCGGCCCGCAGGUCCAGUUGGUGAAUAACUCCUUUAAGGGGAUGAAGUACCUGCGUCUCAACACCCUGGCCUCUCUGGGAUACGCUGUGGUGGUCAUCGAUGGGAGGGGCUCCUGUCAGAGGGGCCUGGAGUUCGAAGGGGCUCUGAAAAACAAAAUGGGCCAGGUGGAGAUCGAGGACCAGGUGGAAGGGCUGCAGUAUGUGUCGGAGAGGUUCAACUUUGUGGACCUGAGUCGCGUGGCCAUCCACGGCUGGUCCUACGGCGGCUUCCUCUCCCUCAUGGGCCUCAUUCAGAGACCCAACGUCUUCAAGGUGGCCAUAGCGGGCGCCCCAGUGACCGUGUGGAUGGCGUACGACACGGGCUACACGGAGCGCUACAUGGAUACGCCUGAGAACAACCAGCAGGGCUACGAGGAGGGCUCCGUGGCUCUGCAUGUGGACAAGCUGCCCAGCGAGCCAAACCGCUUGCUGAUUUUACAUGGAUUCCUCGACGAGAAUGUACACUUUUUCCACACCAACUUCCUGGUGUCACAAAUAAUCCGCGCUGGGAAGCCAUAUCAGCUACAGGUCUACCCCAACGAGCGACACAGUAUUCGCUGCCCAGAGUCAGGAGAACACUACGAGAUCAUGCUGCUGCACUUUCUACAACAAUACCUCUGAAACCGGGGUAAUCGUCCCCCCUCAAUCCCCACCUCCACCCCCAUACUGAAACAAACUCUCCACCCCCAAUAACCCCUCAACCUUGGCAUAGAGACCUCCCACUCUGCAGCCACACCCACCCACCCCACAUUUACCUGAACUGGAGAUCUCACUCAAUUAUACCUCCACCUCUCUCUUUCUCUGUUGCUUGCUCUCUCUCUCUUCCAUUCUUCCUUUCUCUCGCCCCUACGUUAGGGUGGGGGUAUGUUUAGGUUACCUAAGGUGAUCCAAGGCAAUGUUAUCAAGUUUCACCGUGGAAUGAAAGGAGGACAACAUUAUCUGGAGGCUGGGCCACAAUUACUCUCCUGUUUUUCCUCUUCUCUGGAACCAUGAUUGUUUUGCCAAAUGUUUUUAUUUUUCCUCCAUUUUAUUCACUCAAGUCAGUAGUAGGAGUGGGGUUCCUCAAACAUGAAAUUGAAUCUAUACAGACAGACCGAAUAACACACAGACAGACACAGACAGAAUAGCUAUAAUACUUACUGUGAGUUUAAACCUUGGAGGUGGUGUGUAAUGGCUAGAGGAAGAAACCCUGCCUCUACUUGCAUUCAUUAACUAUUUUAAUUGUGUAUUGUUAAAAUAAAACAUUUGUAUGGAUUCUUAUUGUUUUAUAAUGAGUGUCAAAUGAAGUCACUCAUUGAUAUAAUAAAGUAAUUUUUGCGCCCCGUUUCUCUAAUCUCUCCUCACAUUACAUUGCUGAAGGUGUCGGCUUGCCUUCUGAAGAUACAAUAUUUGCCAAAGUACUUCUGACUUGAUCAUGCUGGUGUUUUCUUUUUUACUGCAAUAACGAUGCAAGUGUGAGCAGCCGUGUCUUAAACAGCUUUUUACCACCUGAAUAAAAUUUAUACAUGAUGAAUAAAUGUAUGAUGAAAUCUC